AUGUACCGCCUCGUCACAGACGCUGCCGCUGCAGGCCCGUCAACAUCUACCUCACGCUAUACCCGUGCCUCUUCCCCCGCUGGUCCAAAACUUCCAGGUAGAAGGCCACGAACGACCUCAGACGCUUCGACAGCGUCCUCGCUAUCCAUCGUCUCUCCAGCAUCUUCCUCGACUAAUGCAUCGACUACCUCCCUUCAAAUCCCAAACCCUCUAGACAGUCGCCCCUCAUCCCGAUCAGGAUCAAGGUCCUCCUCCAGAUCCCGUUCAAUGAGCCCGUCCAUGGAAGAGACAGUUCGUAUUGGUCCGGAAUAUGUCCUCGCAAUGCACGAUUAUUUCCCCCAGCACGGGCACACCACCUGCCUAUCCUUCCGAGCGGGUCAGGUCAUCCAUGUUCUCAAUCGCGAUUCCAGCGGGUGGUGGGACGGCGAACUCGAGGGACGGAGAGGAUGGUUUCCUAGCAAUUACGUUUCCUCAGAAGUCUCCAACUUGAGAGAUGAGGAACCCGUCGUACCGGAAUCUUCUCGCUCAGGUCACAGACACACCAACUCGACUGUAUCAGUAACAUCCUGGGAUGGCUCCUCAUCGUCACACCAUACGAGUUCUCAAGGCUCCCAUGGUCAAACGCCCUCGGUUUCGGAUGUAGGGAGCGAAGAAAGUGAAUCAUACUGUCCCCCGCUGAUGGUACCUCUCCUACACGGCCUAACGCUCCUUCAAAACGCCGUACGGGGUAACCGCACAACCCAUUUUCAACCAUCGACAGCUUGCAUCAUAUCCUGUGUCCGAUCCAUACUUUCUGCCACCGAGACCCUUCAAAGGGACGCACCCAUCCUACAACAGCAUCCCCAGCUAGGCGAUGAACGGAGAAGAAUCCUUACGGUGCUUGCUUCACUGGUUGCACAAGCUAAGAAGGCCUCAGAUGACAGCCAGCCGGAAGAGAAACAGAGUGAAGAGACGGCUGCCAUGGUUCGAUUGGCGGGUCAAGUCUUUGCGCAUGUCCGCCGUUUCCUAUCCGUUGCAGCGGACUGUGGGGUCGACUUACCUGAAGAACCUGAUUCAGGAAUGGCACAGUGGACUACUCAGAGCGAGAACGGAGACACAGACACGCCUUUAAGCACAGCGGGACGAACGCCGACGCAACACAGGAUAUCGGGUCGACCACCGAAUCUGCGCUCUGCACCUAUACGAAUGAAAAGUCAGGCAGACCUGCGGGGACGGCUUCGUUCACCCCUCCCUCAGAAUGGGAGCGUCACUGCAACGUCUACACUCGACAACAAGAUGCGUCACGAGCAGAACACGGCUUUCAGGCGAGGACAUCGGCCAAAUCCAUCGACCAGCAGUAUAUCCUCCAUCUCAUCAUUCUCAUCACAAGAUUCCGGCACAUCAUUGGCACCUCCACCCUUCCCCAGCGGUCAAUGUAGUAAUAAGCAGGUCCUGGAGGCGCUGCGAUACACUCACGACCAGUAUCUGUCGACAAUAGCUGCAUUCAUCGGUCACGCCCAUUCACAUUCACGGACAUCCCAUGCCUCAAGUACAGGACAGCUCUAUGACCUCGUUCGGGAGAUCGUUGAGCUUGUCUGCAAGUUGUUAACACUCGUGGAAGCCGUGAUGCAACACCCUGACGUCCCGGCGCACCGGAUUGGAACGCUGAAGUCGGCCAAGGAAGGUCUCUAUAACGUCACAAGUUCCCUGGCUGAAUCUGUUCGACUCUUGACAUCGUCACUACCAUCGAGUUUGUCGGAAGAAGAGGAGAAGAAAGCUCUUUUGAGUUCUGCUACCAGUGCACUCAAGGCGGGAGCGGACUGUGUAGCUGCGGUCAAAGUAUGCGUCACCAGGUCAAUAGGCGCCCGACCAUUCGUCGUCAACCUGCCCAACUCGGACGACCUCUCGCAACCCUUUACUCCCAACAAGCAGCUGUCGACAUUUGCGAACAAGUCAGAACCAGCAAGAGGCAAUGGUUAUCACCUUGCAGGUAUGGAGGACGAAGACCUCACGAUUCAGGCUGUCACACCUUCACCUAUCACCAGACAUCGGGAGCCUUCUACAGGGUCGGAAUCAAGCAAUUUUUCUAAGGUCUCCGUGCAAAGCUCGGAUGAAACGCAAGCCACAUCGGUCGAGGAGCCGAGGCGCCCUCCCAAUGGCUUGGCGCCUCUGCGGUUACUGCCCAAGACUCCCGUGGAGCCCGACUUGCCUUCACCCACCUCGUUUGUGCGGUCGGAUGAGGGAACGACGUGGGAGGGUAGCAUUCGAGAACCCCCACCUGUGGUUCCCGAACGGCUUCAUGAGGACCUUCCUGCACUCCCGUCUGACGACUUGGAAGUUCCACCAGAUCCUAUGACAUGGAUGUUCUCGCACGACUACUCGAUAGAAGACGUUGCAUACAACAAUGAUGGACAUCUGGUCGGUGCGACAAUGGCUGCUCUCGUGGAGAAGAUGACUCCUCACGACAGUCUGGUCGAUGCAGCCUUUUCGGCUGUCUUCUUCCUCACCUUCCGACUCUUCUCCUCGCCAAUCGAUUUGGUGGACGCCAUCAUUGCGCGGUACAACCUCACUCCUCCGCCUGGUAUUUCAAGGGAAGACGAACUCUUGUGGCAGCAACAGAAGGGUCUGCCUGUUCGACUCCGCGUCUCUAAUUUUAUCAAGACGUGGGUGGAUACGUAUUGGAGGAGUGGUGUUGAUGAUCCCGCCUUGACGCCACUUACGCUCUUCACGCGGGAAGGUCUAGCGUUGUUAUUCCCUGGUCCAGCACAGCGAAUCAUGGAACUCCUCAACAUGCGACGACAGUCCGAAGCGGCGGUGAGCCCUAAAGGCGACCGCAGCCGUGACCCAGGUAUGUUGAUCAACCCACCCGUGAUCACACCGACCACAGAAAUCCCCCGUCCGACGAUGACCAAAACGCUACUGAUGUCGUUACGGAAGAGGGAUUUUGGGAACAUCUCGGUGACGGAUUUCGACGCACUCGAGUUGGCGAGACAGUUGACGAUCAUGGAGUGCGAGUUGUAUUGUGCGAUUCAACCUAAUGAGGUGUUGGAAACUGGGCAGGAGGGUGCUGCGUCCCCGUUGAAUGUGCGUGCUGUGACGUCGUUGAGUACGGUCAUUACCGGUUGGGUUGCGGAGAGUAUUCUGGAUGAGAUGGAUUUGAAGAGGAGGACACUGCUGGUCAAGUUUUUCGUCAAGCUUGCUGAUCGAUGUGUGACACUGCAGAACUUUAGCACGUCUAGAUCGAUAUUGGCAGCACUUGAUUCUUCAACCAUCUCGAGGCUCCGACAGACAUGGGCUGGUCUUCCCCAGAAGUACAAACUCCAAAUGGAAUCCCUGCGCAAACUCGCAGACCACAGCCGGAACUAUCACGAAUACCGCUCACGUCUCCGCAACACCGCUCCUCCCGCUGUACCCUUCCUCGGUCUCUACCUCACCGACGUCACUUUCUGCCGGGAAGGAAACCCCUCUCACCGUCCAUCGCCUCGGAACCCUAACAAGAAGCUCAUCAAUUUCAACAAGUACCACAAGUUGGCAAGGAUCGUACAGGAUAUGCAGAGGUUCCAGGUUCCGUAUAAUUUGAAGGCCAUCCCUGAGGUUCAGCAAUAUCUGAACCUCGCGUUUGAGAGGGCGAAGACGCAUGGUGAUUUGCAGGAUUUGUAUCGACGCAGUCUCCUGGUGGAACCGAAGCAAGCGGCCGAUUCAGCGCCGACGAAUGAUAUGCGGCAGUUGUUCAAUUGGGCACGGUCGCAGCCUCAGGCUACUAGUUCAUGA